AUGCCAUCUGAACAGAAACAGUUAUUUUUUGAUGAAAAACAAACUAUUUUAAAAAAAGAUUAUGAUGUGAAAAAUGAGAUAGUUGAUACUAUUAGAUCAGUGCUUAGGCCAAAAAUUUCAGAAAGUCGUUUUCAUUAUGAACUAAAAAAUGUGAAAAUCGAUUUGCCGAAGAUAAAUAUUCCAAAUGAAGUCUUUUUGAAACAUGAAGUUGACAAAUACAGAAAGUUAUUUCAGCGUCAACCACAGACUGCAAGAAAAUCUGUCAGUAUAAAGACUGUAAGCUGUGUAGAGGAGUGUAUGCUGCUCCAGAAGUCUGAGAGAGUUGAAGAAGAGGGUUUAAAAAUGUCGGCAAAAAUACUCAAUUUCAACUGUUUAAAAUGCCGAGAUAGCACUCGAUAUAGCCCAAAUGAUUUACAGAAACACUUUCAGAUGUGGCACCGUGGUGAAUUACCUUCAUAUCCUUGUGAAAUGUGCAGUUUUUCAGCAAAUGACUUCCAGAUAUUUAAACAACACAGACGGACACACAGAAGCACUUUAGUAAAAUGUGACAUUUGUAACAAUGAGAGUGUGUAUACUUUAUUAGACUUGACAAAGCAUUUUACAUCCACACAUUGUGUAAAUGGUAAUUUUCAAUGUGAAAAGUGCAAAUUCUCCACCCAGGAUGUUGGCACAUUUGUUCAGCACAUUCAUAGACAUAAUGAAAUCCAUUAUAAAUGUGGUAAAUGCCAUCAUAUAUGUUUUACCAAAGGAGAGCUUCAGAAGCACCUUCACAUUCAUUCUGGUACAUUUCCCUUCACUUGUCAAUAUUGUAGCUAUGGUGCCACUAAGCGAGAGCACCUCGUAAGACAUGUUAUAACUUUGCACAAAGAACACUUAUAUGCAAAAGAGAAACUGGAAAAAGACAAAUAUGAAAAAAGGAUGACAAAGACUUCAGGACUUAAGCUGAUACUGAAAAGAUACAGAAUAGAUGCAUCAAGGAAGACAUUCUGGAAACGCAAGAAGAUCAACAAUGGAAGCGACCGAAGUAUAGAAAAAAACACUCAAGUGCUAAAAAAACUGAACAAAACACAGGCUAAAUCUGAAGACCAGAGCCAUCUUGUUCAAGAACAUUUAAAUGAAGAAAAGGACGAAAGACCACACUGUGAGAAUAACGAUAAACCUGCUGAGUUAGGGUCAGAAAAGCCAACUCUUCUGUCCACUGGGCAAUAUAAUAGAGCUGAAGAGGGAUCACAUUCGACUCUAGGUUUCUUGAAGACCGCUGUACAAGGACCUACAGUGUUGAUGGUGAAAAAUAAUAGAAUAACAAUUCCUGCUAACUACAGUGCUGAUUUUAUGGGUUUUAAGAUGGUGGAUGGAAAACAACAUAUUGUAAUAAAAUUGUUGCCUACCAGUAAACAGAAUUUAUAUUCACCAGGCUCACAGCCAGAUGCUGCAAAGGAUGGUACUGGCAAUUUGCAGCCCCAGACACUGGACACUACUGGAUUUUUAGCAGGAGUAACAACUGAGUUAAGUGACACCGUUUACAUGAAAGCAACUACUCCAUUUUCGUGCUCAUCUCCUCUACUUUCAGGGAAAGUCCUAUCAGAAAAAGAAAUGGCUUUGCUAUCUCAAACGGGUAAUAUGCUUCAAACAGUGGAUGAUGAAAAAAGUGUGUCGUCUUUGUCAGCAUCAGGAUUGGUUACAGCAUCAGUGAAUUUGGCCACAAAAGUUGAAACAAAAGAUAAUAUUGACUUAUGGGGAAGUUACAUUCCUCAGAGUCACCCUGAGAUACCAGGUGCUGCCAUUAGAAGUCCAGAUAAAGUCAACUCUGCUACCAAACAAAAUGCAUACAAUAGCGGAGAUAUGCAUAACUAUUGCAUUAAUUAUGUCAGCUCUGAGUUACCUGUUGAAUCUUCCAACCACGGAUCAUUACCCUUUCAUAAUUACUCAAAAGUAAAUAAUUCUAAUAAACGUCGUAGGUUUUCAGGAACAGCGGUGUCUGAAAAAGAACCCUCAUCAAGCAAAACGGUUGUUCAACAACCAAUAAGUGAAUCGGUUUUAUCUUUGGUGCGAAAGGAGAGCUCAAAUCCAGAUAGCAUGUUAGCAUCUCUUAGCCUGUUAAAUACUAAAGAUGGAACUUUAAAAAUGCAAGCUGAAAUUGAAGAACAAUGUGUGUUAGAAAAAGGACAAAACAUUGACGGACAGAACUUCUACACUAAUGAAAAUCAAAAUUUAGAGAAUAUGACUGAAAAAUCUAAGUGGGAUGACAUUUCUAAUGUUGAGUCACCUAUGAUGCCUAGAAUCACAUCUGUUUUCUCUCUCCACAGCCAACAGGCAUCAGAAUUUUUGCCCCCUGAAGUAAACCAGUUACUUCAGGAUGGGUUAAAAACAAAAUCUGAUGUAAAACAGGACUCUAGUAAGACUCCAGAUAAAGGCCUGCCACUUCAUUGUGACCAGUCAUUUCAGAAACCUGAGGGAGAAGGCAAAAUAGUUGAAUCUUCAAAAGACUUCAAAGUACAAGGCGUCUUCCCAAUUCCAUCUGGUGGUAUAGGGAUUAAUGUGCCUAUAAAUGAUCUGAAUUUAAAGUGUAGUGGAAAAGAAAAACAAAAUCUGUCAAUAUCACAAGAUGUGAGAGAUUCAGAAAAGGCACCUAGAAUUUCAGGUAUUGGCACAUUACUUAAGACUCAGUCAGAUGCAAUAAUAACACAGCAGCUCGUGAAAGAUAAACUGCGAGCCACUACACAAAAUUUAGGUUCUUUAUAUAGGCAGAGUCCACUUCUAAAUUCAGAACCAAAAAAAGCUAUAUUUGUUCAGACUCCAAAAGGCUUUUUUGUACCAUUGCACAUUGCUAACAAGCCUGGAUUACAUGUUGUUUCAGGAAGACCACUUCCAUUGGUUAACACACAAGGUGUACCUGCUUCUCUUCUUUUAAACAAGAAACCCGGGAUGAUUUUAACAUUUAAUCAUGGGAAACUUGAAGGUGUUUCCACUGUCAAAACUGAGAGUGCUCAAGCUUGUGGAACUACAGCUAAGGAGCCUUGCAGAACACCUUUUUUAAAGGUGGAACCAAACAGUAAUUGUCUGACACCUGCACUAUGUUCCAGCAUUGGCAGUUGCUUGAGCAUGAAAAGUAGUUCCGAAAAUACUCUGCCGUUAAAAGGCCCGUACAUUAUUAAAACGUCAGCAAGUUCUUCAGUGAAAGCUGUUCCUACUCCUAAUGUAGCUUCUGAGCACCAGGGCACCAAGUUGAAUAUUUUGGAAUCAGUAAAACAGCAGAACGAGAUUUUUCCCAAACCACCUCUUUAUACCCUGUUGCCUGAUGGCAAACAAGCUGUUUUUUUAAAGUGUGUGAUGCCAAAUAAGACUGAGCUGCUUAAGCCUAAAUUAGUCCAAAAUAGUACGUAUUAUCAAAACAUACAGCCAAAGAAACCUGAAGGAACACCACAAAAAAUAUUGCUGAAAAUUUUUAACCCUGUUUUAAAUGUGACUGCUGCUAACAAUCUGUCUGUAAACAACUCUGCAUCCUCAUUGCAGAAAGACAAAGUACCAUCUAAUCAGACUACAGGAGGAGAGCAGAGAGAGCCAGAAUCUUCUAGAGAUGCCUUACCCUUCUUACUAGAUGAUAUGAUGCCAGCAAAUGAAAUUGUGAUAACUUCUACUGCGACAUGCCCAGAAUCUUCUGAAGAACCAGUGUGUUUCACUGACCGUUCAGAUACCAGAGUGUUAAGGUGUAAAACAAAUUGUACAAUUGAGAGAAGCUUCGAUAGAAAAAAGACUUCCAAAAAAAAUUUUCCAAGAAUAAAAACUCAUGUAAGAAGUAAAGAUUCUGAAACUGCCUUUGUACCUAGAAACAGGAACUGUAAACGAAAGUGUAGGGAUAGUUACCAAGAACCUCCAAGAAAAAAGGCAACAUUACAUAGAAAGUGUAAAGAAAAGGCAAAACCUGAAGCUGUCCGUGAAUCGUUUGGAUUUAGCAGACCGAGGCUUUCAAAAGAUGCAGUCAGAACUUUGCGGCUUUUCCCAUUUAGUUCCACACAGCUUGUGAAAUGUCCUAGGAGAAACCAGCCAGUUGUAGUUUUGAAUCAUCCUGAUGCAGAUGCCCCAGAAGUAGUAAGUGUAAUGAAAACUAUUGCUAAAUUUAAUGGACGUGUACUUAAGGUUUCAUUGUCAAAAAGAACUAUCGAUGCUUUACUGAAACCGGUUUGUGGUAAUGCUUCACAAACAAUUUAUGAUGAUUUUUCCAAGAGGCAUAAAACAUUUAAACCUGUUAGUUCUGUGAAAGAAAGAUUUGUGCUAAAAUUAACACUCAAAAAGAUGAGCAAAAACAAUUAUCAGAUCGUGAAAACUACCUCUGAAAAUGUUCCAAAAGCUAAAUUUAACUGUUGGUUUUGUGGUAGAGUAUUUGACAAUCAGGAUGCUUGGGCUGGUCAUGGGCAGAGACAUUUAAUGGAAGCUACUCGUGAUUGGAAUAUAUUAGAAUAA